GGAGGUGGAGGCCAAUUCCCCAGGUCUCUGGUCUUCCCGGCAACGCCCCCAGGGUUGGGCUCAGGGUUUGGCCCUUAUUUACUCCGGGAUCUCUGAGCCCCAGCACAGCGGAUGUGGGGAGAGACUCCAGGACAGGCGGCUAAAUCGGGAUGGCAUCGGGAACACGCUACGCAGGGAAGGUGGUGGUUGUGACGGGGGGCGGGCGCGGCAUCGGAGCCGGGAUCGUCCGCGCCUUCGCUGAAAGUGGGGCACACGUUGUCAUCUGCGACAAGGAUGAGUCCAAUGCCCGGGUCCUGGAGCAGCAACUCCCGGGCACCGUCUUCGUCCGCUCUGAUGUGACUCGGGAGGAGGAUCUGCAGACCCUGAUUGCUGAGACCAUUCGCCUGUUUGGCCGUCUGGAUUGUGUGGUCAACAAUGCUGGCUACCAUCCAGUGGCUCAGUGGCCAGAGGACACCUCUGCCCAGGACUUCCGGCAGCUGCUGGAGCUGAACCUGCUGGGCUACUACUCCUUGACCAAGCUCGCCCUCCCCCACUUGCGGAAGAGCCAGGGCAACAUCAUCAACAUCUCCAGCCUGGUUGGGGCCAUAGGCCAGACCCAGGCGUUGCCUUAUGUCGCCACCAAGGGGGCAGUCACAGCCAUGACCAAAGCCUUGGCCUUGGAUGAGAGCAAGUACGGAGUCCGAGUCAACUGUAUCUCCCCAGGGAACAUCUGGACCCCGCUGUGGGAGAUGCUGGCAGCCUCCUCACCAGACCCCCAGGCCACGAUCCUGGAGGGGGUGCUGGCCCAGCCCCUGGGCCGCAUGGGCCAGCCCGCUGAGGUGGGCGCCGCAGCUGUGUUCCUGGCCUCAGAAGCCACCUUUUGCACAGGCAUCGAGCUCCGUCUGACGGGGGGCGCAGAGCUAGGGUACGGAAGCAAAGCCAGUCGGGACACCCCUUUGGAAAUCCCCAUGCUUCCUCCUGACUUCCCACGGCAGUCCCUGGCGUGUACCACCUCCCCCCAGGAGCAGCUCCCUGCCCCGUAGACUUGAAGCCUGCUUAGGCGAUCGCCCUGUCGGUCCUCCCUCCCCCGGGUUCUCAACAAAGUAGCUUGCACCGAU